AGGAAAAUAACAGACAGAAUAUGACAAUCGGAAACGAUUUUGAGUUCCAUGUGUAAGACUUUACAAGCAUGAGGAGUUUAAAUAUAGCCGGAUUGUGAUAAAAUGGGUAAUUUGCGAUAAUCUGUCUCCGCGGCGUUUCCGACAUGUCUGAAGUCGACAUUGCCGAAGAUCUACCGAAUGGUGACGAUUCGGCUUUCGCGGAUGAGCAGCACGAUGGAAGCGGCGAUGCUUCAAACUCUGUAGUUCAGGCUGUAGAUACAGAAAACGACGGCCACAGCACAAUAAGUGCUGAACAUGUAUUUGUUGCAACGUCGCAGGGUCUUCUGACAGCUGCAGAACAUUUUCAAGAAGCAAACGGCCUUAAAACGACACACAUUGUCAUUCAUGACCAAACUCUGACAGUUGAUUCUAGUGGUCUGAAGACACCUACCACCCCUAUACCCCCUCCCACCCCUGCUACACCACUAAGCCGAGAGAAGGGAUUGAAAUACCAAUGGGACGAUUCUGUACACAUGACAAUUUUACCAGUGCGUUGUAAACACACGAAUGGAGAGCUGCACAAAGCUAAAUUUGGUUCAGGAGGAAGAGGGCGUUGUAUCAGAGCAUUUGAUGACGAAUGGUUCACUCCUAACGAAUUUGAGGCUAAGAGUGGACGUGCAAGCAGCAAGGAUUGGAAGCGAAGUAUCCGCUACGGAGGCAGAACGUUGCAGUGUCUGAUUGAAGAUGGUAUCCUCCAGCCCCAUGCCACCUCUUGUACAUGUGCAGCUUGUUGUGAUGAUGAAUCUGUGGUUAGUUACUGUUACUGUUAGAUAAUACUAAAAUUA